AUCACAACCACGAAUCUCUUACCAGGAAGAAUUGUGUGACUAAACCCGCCAAUUAGACAUUUCUGCCUCACAUUGAACUGCCACGAUGAGCAGAUCACUCUUGCGCUCCGUUCUGGAGCUGAGGACGCCUCUCCCGCGCCUGCCAUCUGCCUCCCACAUACCCAAAUCACGCGCUCUCUCGACGACGAGGUCCAUGAUGCAGAAUAUCGACCUAGCCGCAUCGCCAUCACAAAGCAAGAUACCGCCUAUUUCGCCCACGAAUCCUAUUCCCAGCACACCUCCCAGUCCGCAAAAACAAACCCCCACCGCUCCUUCAGACGUCGAAGCCAAGGCAUCCCUCUCUCAACUGUUCCCUCUCCUGCGUGCGCAGCCACGCCACUACAUUACAGCUCACAUACACGGGCGGCCAUACCUCGUGACAGAAGGCGAUCAGAUUCGUCUACCGUUCAAGAUGCCCGGUGUCCUACCAGGCGAUGUACUGAGGCUAGACCGAGCCUCGGUACUAGGAUCGAGGGAUUACACAUUGAAAGGCACCCCUUGGAUCGAUUCGCAGUUAUUCGAAUGCCGAGCUACUGUCCUCGGAACGGAAAGCGAGCCUCUAAGGAUUAAGAUCAAGACAAAGCGGCGGAACAGGAGGUCUCAGCGGGUCACGAGCAAGCACAAGUACACCAUGUUGCGAAUCAGUGAGCUGAAGCUCUUAGAGUCAACUUCAUGAAAAAUCCCGAGAAAUAUCAAUGUACGAAGGUGUGGCAUCAGAAAAGCAGGAGUGUUUGCCGGGUCUAGGUUCAAUUACGGCCUUAAACACAGGCCUGGGUGUAGUGGAUGUGAAGAGAUUGAAGGGCCCGGACCUCAUAAGCUUUGGGCCAUCGCCUGAACCAGCCGAGAUAUCCUACAACUACUCUUGUGCCUCUCCAAGGAGGCUUCGAGACCACUACCCGUGGGCCUCCCGCAAGUACUUUGGGAUUCUCUAUGUCCAGAACUGUACCACUACAAAGUGCCUUGGAAGGGCCGAUGUAUUUAGAGUCGCACGCGCACUUGGGAGCUCAACAUAAACCAUUAUUACCUGUACAUUUAUCAUAUCUGACCCCUUGUCUCGAUGUAUGGUGCAACACAAUGUGGACAUGCUGAGUUUUGAAGAAUCAGAUACUAAUAUCCCGUAUUUCACAUAUGUUUUCUGUGAGCAACACUGCC